AAUGAACCAGUGCGAUCUACUAAUUUAAUGCAGAGCUCGAGAAUCGACUUGAACUAAACUUCUUCGAUUGUUACUUGAAACGUGAACGAGUGUAAUACUGUAUUCAACAUAUUAUGACCGAAACGGUUAAUCGACAAACACAUGCGCUACCUUAUACUGCUUCAUUACAUUUUUACUUAUCUUGCAUGUUCGACAGCAGAAAAUCUAAAUCUAUUUUCUUGCGCAUAUUAGAGUUUAUGCAAGAAUUAGAAAUCAAUAAAUUAAGUGAACCGGAUAUUGGCGCCAGAACACUUUGAUUUAUGGAUGUCAGUGGGACGAAUACUUCAUUCACGCUUCAAAGAAACUUAAUUUCUAAUAAUUUGCUAUUACACGAUAAAAGAAAGACUGACCCCGUUUUUUACUUUUGUGAGGGUUGGGGCCUGUAAAUGUUCGUUUUUUACUUGAUAGCAAACCGCCUCAUGUCUAGUUUUCUCUCUAAUGAGUUUGGAUGAGUUUACUGUCCUGCACCGCGCAAGUUUUUAUUAGUGCAGCGCACGACAGGGCUACAUUAAUCCCAAGGACAAAGAUGUUAGGGAGAUCGUGAUAUUUUUGCACACUCGACUUUUAUUUCUAACAGGCAUAGAUUGCAUGAGGCGCAGUGACUUUUGUGUCAUUUGGGUGGCUCCUAAAAGAGCCGUUGUUAGGUUUGUGCAGCACGGAUUGCGCCGUUUACUUGCUGCUGGUGUACUUGGUGACGGCCUUGGUUCCCUCGCUCACGGCGUGCUUGGCCAGCUCACCGGGAAGGAGCAGACGAACGGCCGUCUGGAUUUCCCUGCUCGUGAUGGUGGACUUCUUGUUGUUAUGACAAUGUCUGGUCGUGGUAAAGGCAAAGCCAAGGGCACCAAGUCCAAGACCCGCUCAUCCCGUGCAGGGCUUCAGUUCCCCGUCGGUCGUAUCCACCGUCAUCUGCGCAAAGGCAACUACGCCGAGCGUGUUGGUGCUGGCGCUCCGGUCUACAUGGCCGCCGUGCUCGAGUACCUGAGCGCUGAGAUCCUCGAGUUGGCCGGCAACGCUGCCCGCGACAACAAGAAGACCAGGAUCAUCCCCCGUCACUUGCAGUUGGCUGUCAGGAACGACGAGGAGUUGAACAGGCUGCUCCACGGUGUCACAAUCGCCCAGGGUGGUGUGCUACCCAACAUCCAGGCCGUGCUUCUGCCCAAGAAGACCGAGAAGAAGGCCAAGGCAUAAGCAGUUUCUGCUGCAAAAAUAACAACGGCUCUUUUAGGAGCCACCACAUGA